UGGCAAGCUCAGUCCCAAUUCUCAAAAAUUCAAUUUCUUUAUACUUAUUCAAACUCCGAACCGGUUCAGCGUGACGAAAAAAACCUUUGUCACGAGAUCGUACGGCAUUAUGAUAGUUGUAGCUUCAAGAAGACAAAAUGUGGUUUUUAGGAGGCACGGAAUAUACGAAGAAGUGGUGAUAGGCAAUGCAGAAAUUCGAAUACCUCCGCUAACUCGUACUAAACUCGGUGUUCAAGUUCGUCGACCGCCCUCAGGCUCCCCCACGCUUUCCAAAUGAGAACCCAUAGAGAAAGUGUCAUCGAAGCAUUUGAUGAGUUCCGACAAGAAAUAGACGAACAUCAUGACCGGAGAGAACGACUUAUCAAGAUUAGCCGGGAUGCGACAAACCUUUCAAAGAAAGUUAUCUUCCUGCUCCACCGAGCAAUGACAGAAGAGCCCAAUAAUGACUCUAAUCCCUCUCUACGAGUAGUCCGUCGCGGUCGUGAAAAGCUUCGGGAAGUGCAAGCGUUGUAUGCACAAAUAAGGCUCGAGGUACAAGCUGAGCGGUUCUGGCACUACCACAGAGCAGUAUCGCCCGGCCUCCAAGAGUAUAUUGAAGCACUGGGCUUUGCUCACUACCUCGAGCAUGGCACUCUGGUGUCAUAUCAGGAAGUUCAGCUUUCUCUUUCUGACGAGAACGGCAUACCUUAUUUCACUCUUCCAAAGGAAGAUUACUUGCUGGGCUUGUCUGAUGUCACUGGCGAACUCAUGCGAUUUGCAAUAUCUGGAAUAGCUCAGAAGGGCGGUCGCGUCAGAGCCAGAGAAGUGUGUGCAUUCGUCCGGCAAUGCAAGGCAGAUUUCGAACGCUUUACGCCUUACGUGAGGGAGUUAUCCAAGAAACAGGCUGUAACUUCACAAUCUCUGGAAAAGAUUGAGGACGCGGUGUAUGCCAUCGUGGUCCGAGGAUCUGAGUACGACAUCCCCCCUGAUAUGUUAGACGACAUUAUCGCACAGUCGAUCUCAACUUUCAGUUCUACUACCAGUGCAAAAUCGAGACUUGGUCAAAGAGACAUUCGGAACGGAGAUGAUUACGACGACGAGAUUUAAUACAGAUACCCGGCAGAAUUUUGUUUUGACAAUUCCAAUACUAAUACGGGCUUAGGCGGCCUAUUGGUUCUGGUGUGCCAAUUACACUAAGUUUGCCUCCUAAAUAUUUAAAUACGUACAACACAAAGUUGAAAUCUAGAUGUGAAACACCACUUAUGAUAUUCUGUAAUUUCAUAGUUCGAUCUUAUUGCAGACAUUGGUGUGGACUCAGGCGCCAACGCUGACCCGGA